AUGGAUUCCCUGCCCUAUUUUCUCGUCAUUUUACAAUUUUUUGGAGAUUUCUUUACUGAAGCGGCUUCAGUGAAACGAUCCGACUCGAUUGGGCCGAGAUCAUCGACAACGAGCACCACAACAGAAACUCCUCUCGAUUUGAGUGAUCACUUGACGAAGUUGAGCAUUGGAUUGAUCUGCACCAUUUGUCUCGUUGUUGGCAUUGUCAUCGGAUAUUGCUUCUAUGAUCAAUAUAGGUAUCACUCGGAUCCAACGAAAUUCCCGCAUUCAGCUUCGGAAGCUCGGUUGAGGAAUGAGGACAGGAAAAGAAUGCUUUCUGAAUCGUUUGAU